AAUGAAAUUAAAACUAUCGGCGUCUCGGAAAACACGCCACACAGAAAUGGUUUGUGGGGUGGGAUGGAUAGGCACCGAGGCCAUAUUGUCGGCAGCCGAUGAUCAUGUUUUUCUGCUAACAAAUACCGCCACAAAUGAAUCUCAACAAAUUUUGAAUAUGCCGGAAACUUUCUUCCCCACGAGUCUUCAUAUUUUUCCACGUUCCCAAACUAAAGGUGGUCAAAAUGAUGUGUUUGCAGUUUCAACUUCUGAUGGAAAGAUAAACAUACUUUCGCGAAACGGAAAAGUUGAAAACAUGGUAGAUGCUCACAACGGAGCAGCUCUCUGUGCUCGAUGGAAUUCUGAUGGGACUGGAUUGUUGUCAAGCGGAGAAGAUGGGUUUGUGAAAAUGUGGUCGCGGAGUGGAAUGCUGCGUUCAGUGCUGGCUCAAUUUGCAACAGCCGUUUACUGUGUGGCAUGGGACUCUACGUCUUCCAAUGUUUUGUACUGUAACGCUGACCAUUGUUAUAUCAAAUCGUUGAAAAUGCAAGUUGCUCCGAUAAAAUGGAAAGCCCAUGAUGGAAUCAUUUUGUGUUGCGACUGGAAUCCAACUUCGGAUUUGAUAGUGACUGGCGGGGAAGAUUUGAAGUUCAAGGUUUGGGACGGAUUUGGUCAGAUCCUGUUCAAUUCUUCUGUGCACGACUAUCCUAUAACAAGCAUUUCGUGGAACACUGAUGGAACUCUGUUUGCUGUUGGAUCUCAUAAUAUUCUAAGACUAUGUGAUAAGUCUGGAUGGUCUCAUUCUUUGGAGAAAAUGAAUGCUGGAUCUGUGAUGGCACUCAGUUGGUCACCUGAUGGAACUCAAUUAGCCGUUGGCACUGCUGCUGGGCUUGUCUUCCAUGCACAUAUUAUUGAUAAGAGACUGACUUAUGAAGAAUUUGAAAUUGUUCAAACCCAGAAAACCGUUAUAGAGGUUCGAGACGUCAGCAGUGAAGUUUCCCGAGAAACUCUCGAAACGAAAGAAAGAAUAUCGAAAAUCGCGAUUCUAUAUAAGUAUCUGAUUGUGGUCACAUCAUCCCAUAUCUAUAUUUACAGCUCCAAAAACUGGAAUACUCCCACUAUGAUCGAGUACAAUGAGAGAACUGUGAAUAUCAUUGUGCAAUGUGAAAAGAUAUUUCUUGUGUCCGAUGGAAUGACAAUAACUAUAUUCACUUAUGAGGGAAGAAAACUUAUAAACCUAAACCCACCGGGUCAAGUAAUGGCUCUACUAGACGAAAGAAAGAUCGACCUGGCGAAUGAUACACUUGUGGUCCGAGAUCGUGCCGACAAUAAAGUCUUGCACUUUUUCGAUCCAACAACAGGAAAAGCACAGGGUGAUGGAAAUUUGAAACAUGAGCAUGAUAUUGUAGAGCUGACUGUGAAUCAGUGCGGACCACUCAAUGAUAGAAAUGUUGCCUUCCGUGAUCAAAUCGGUGCAGUUCACAUAGCUAUGGUGAAGACUUUCGGUGUCAGCCAGAGGAUGGUAAAAAUAGGAUCACUAGUUGAACAGCUUGUCUUCAACGAUGUCACAAAUAUGCUGUGUGGAAUUUCGGAAGGAAAGAUUGCUGUUUGGCCUCUUCCAAACGUUGCCUUCCACGACAGAAAUCUUCUACAGAAAUCAUUAAUACAGAAGAACAUCGGCAGCGUCGGAAAAUUUCCACAGUUGGCUAAUUUUGCCGGAAAUACAAUAGUUAUCAGGAAAUCAGAUGGAUGUUUACUGCCAACUGGGAUUCUUCCGUUCUAUGGAACACUCAUCACAAUGGCAUCUCAAUCAAAAUGGGAUCAAGCAAUACGACUAUGCAGAAGUAUUGGAAAUGACACAAUGUGGGCGACUUUUGCUGGAUUAGCUGUUCUCCACAAAAAUAUGAUCGUUAUGGAAAUUGCCUAUGCAGCAUUGGAGGAUGAUGAAAAAGUUUCCCUGAUCAACGAAAUCAAAGACAAAACCGAUAAAGAGACUCGUCAAGCUAUGCAAGUGGUAUUAACUGGAAAGCUCGCAGAUGCUGAUGUCUUGCUAGAAAGAAGUGGACUAAGCUUUCGCUCGCUUAUGUUGAAUAUACAAAUGUUCAAGUGGAAAAGAGCACUCGAACUUGGCUUGAAAAAUAAACAGUGGCUCGAAAUUGUAAUGGGAUAUCGUGAGAAAUACUUGAAGAACUGUGGACAAAAAGAGACAGACCCUCUUUUUUUAAAGCACAUGUCAGAGGUCGAAAUCGACUGGGUGCAUAUACGAGAGCUGAUUGCCGCGGAAAAAGCUAAAGGAAACAAUUGACUCCAUUUUUGUAUUUGUUUGAUGUACCCAUUCGAAUUGUUAUAAUUUACUCAAAAAAUUUCUAAUUUCAA